UAGAACCUCCAUUGAUCGAGCAACUCCAAUUCCCUACGCUCGUUACCUUGCUACGAUGUUCGCCCGGCCAAUGAUCAGAGCUUCAAGGCUCUGCUGUCGCUGCUAUGCCACCGAUACCACAUCUGCUCCGCCUCUGCUCCUGAAGAUCAGAAAGGACAUGAAGACCGCCAUGCAGAAUAAAGACUCGAACCGCCUCUCCGUCCUACGCGCCCUCCUCGCGCAAACCCUCAACGCCUCUAAGACAUCGACACCUAUUAACACAGACAUGCAGAUGCUUGCUCUUCUCCGCAAAUCCGCAAAUGCCAGUCGAGCAGCGAGCGAAGAAUUCAAGAAUGCAGGCAGACAGGAUCUGGCGGAUAAGGAAGACUCACAACGCAAAAUCAUGGAAGAGUAUGCAAGCAGUGUGCAGACGAUGGGAGAAGAUGAGAUUCGCGCUAAGGUCCAGAGCGUUGUGGAUGCUAUGAAGAGCGAGGGCGCCAAGAUGCAGAUGGGCGAAGUGCUGAAGAAGGUCUUCUCUCCCGAGGUCCUGGGGGACAAGCCAGUGGAGAGGGCGGAGGUGGCAGUAAUUGUCAAACAGUUAUUAGCAAAGCCGUAAGCCAGGACAGGAGGAAGGUGAAGGUCGGCGAUAUUGGAGUUUUGAGCAAGUCACAACCUGUAUCAACAUGUAUAAAUACCUACCUACUCAGCUUCGGAGCUUAAACUGUUUCCGCUCCCCAUGCUCCAGUC